AUUCAUCUGGUAAUAAACAUAACCCAUCCAUUUUCACCAGUAGAACCGAGGAAUACCUUCCACCAUGAAGGCAGUCUUUUUCUUACUGGUUGGCCUUAUAUUGGCCACAGCAGUUGUUGCAGGUCCUCUUUUCGGAUCUCAAGCAUCUGUAGACGAAGUAAACGAAUGCUCUGAGCUAACACGCUUCAAGGAAGGUUAUAGCUAUACCUUCAAAUAUGAGGCAGAAACAGAGAGUGGAAUAAAAGGCGCUGGACCCGGAUCGAAUAUGACCAUGACAUGUGACAUCAUAAUAGAAGCACCCGAAAGAUGCAGGAACGUCCUCAAGGCUAGAGGGUGUCUUCUUGAAAACCGCGACCUGGAUGAGGAGAUGAGUGCUCAUGAUCUUGUCUUCCGCACUGAUAAGGGACGUAUCAUUGAGGUGCUGGCUCAUCCCGAUGAACCCCUUCACAUUCUGAACGCCAAACGUGGUAUCCUCAGCAUGAUUCAGCUUGAUCUUGAAGCCGAUGAUGUUGACCAAAUCACUUUGAAUGAGGUAUCUGUCCAUGGCAACUGCAGUAGCGAGAUGACUGUUACCAGGCGUGAUGACAAGCAGAGGCCACGUAAGCUCCAGGUAGUGACUGAACUGAACAACUGUAUGCUCAGGAAACAAGAAGAGAACAUGACCAGGUGGCAGAGCUUCAAGGACAUGGUCCUCAACAUGACCGUCAUGGACAAAUUCAUCAACUCCUCCAAGACAUGCAGCUAUGAUCUGAAAGGAACUACUGGAGAGUUCAGGGGGAUUCAGUGUGAAGAGGUCCACUCUUUCUGGCCAAUGAACUUCAACAGUGAGAGUGGUGUUCGCACCUUCAUCCAGCAGAGGCUCAGCACCGCCAUUGACAGACUGAACUCCUACAAGGUUGAUCCAGCAAACUCCAGGUCAACAUGCUUGAGGUAUGAGCAUGACCCCAAGGAAAUUGGUAAGAAGGCUGAUGAUGUUACCGCUGACCAAGCCAUGGAUAUCCUGAAGGCUCUUGUCAAGAGUUCACGUGAGGAGGUUCAGAUGGAGAGUCCUCGACUCUUUGGUAGAUGGAGAGCUGCUCUGGAAGGAAUGAACAAUGAAACCAUCCAUGAAGUCUUUGAUCGUGCUUACAACUGCAGCGCAUACUCACAGACCUGCCGUGACAACCCAGACAAGGAAAAAAUUGCCAGGGAAUACCUUCUUGAUGGCCUCCUUCCUUGUACAACCAUGGCUUGCUUCAGUGUUAAGAACUAUGCCAUCGCUAAGGGAGUCGUACCCAAGCCCCUUGCUAGUGCAUGGAUGGUAACCAUGGCCCUUCAGAACUAUCCCACCUUGGAGCUGAUGAGUGAAAUGCUACGUAUGGCUCAGUAUUCACCAUCACAGAUUACCAUCUUUCCUCUCAGUAUCAUGGUCCACAACUACUGGAUGAACAAUGAGGAGAUUCACACUGCUGCCACUCUCCCUGAACCCAUUGUCAAAACCAUCAGGUACCUGAAGUCUCUCAUUGGUAAUGACUGCACUGUAUCAGCUGAAAACGAGCGUCUAGCCCUCGUUGCUCUGAAGGCCAUUGGAAACAUUGGUGAACCUGUUGAGCGAUACGACCAACUGACUUUCAUCUUCUCCGAGAGAGUAUCUCCUGUCCUGAUCAGCUGCACAAAGAACAAGCAGAUCCCAAGAGACAUCUCCAAGGCUGCCAUUCAGUCCAUGCGUCGCUUUGUGAUGAGUGAUCAACUCCGUAGCCAAGUCAUUUCUGAGCUCUUCAAGGAUACCACACUUGAUGUACCACAGAGAAUUGCUGCCUACCUCAUUACCAUGAAGGCUAACCCAAGUGUCUCUGAGCUGACUGACAUCUGGAACUUCCUCAAAACCGAGCCCGUUAACCAGAUGAAGGCCUUCUGUUACUCUCACAUUCAGAAUGUUGUUGAGUCAAGCGAACCAACCCUACAAGAGUUCAAGAUGAAUUUGAAGAUUGCUAUGGAUGGUGAGGAACUGCCAGAAUACCCCAAGGAUAUCAGAAAAUAUUCUCGUUUCUUUGAGCUUUCCAAGAACUUAACCGAACCAUGGAGGAACAACACUGUUGCUGCCCAAUUUGAGAGUGACAUCAUUUUCAAUCCUGAGAGCUACUUGCCUCAAGAGGUCAUGUUCCACUAUGUCCUGAAUGCUCUUGGAAAGAGCAUGGAUAUCUUUGAGACCGGCAUUGAAAUGAAAGGUUUUGAGCCAAUCAUUGAAUCAGUCUUUGGACCUGAGGGAUUCUUCCCAGAAGUAAAACUUCAAACCAUGUUUGAUACCAUUGAUGAGAAAAUCUUGUCUAAAGUUCGAGAGUUUGCUGAAGCUCAGCUUGGAAACUGGGUUACUCCUACAUCUGAGCCAGACAAUGAGGUCUUCAUCAAGAAGGACAAAUACGGCAAGAAGAUGAAGAGACAGUCAUCAUUUGGAGAGCCUCAGGUUGUUGAUGUUAUCCACGAAAAUACCAUGAACAAGCUCAACCAACUGCACUAUCUGGUUGGCAUGGAACCAUCUGCUACUGAUGCUACAGUCUUCCUUCGUCUCUUUGGAAACGAAUUUGGUUUCGUUAGUGCCAGUGAUGUUCUUGCUCUUAUUCCUUACACCAUGGGAAUUUAUGAAGAGCUUUUGAACAAGACAAAACAGAUUCCACAGCUCCUGUCACAGGGACUCAACCUCAACACAACUCGAUCUUUUGUCUUCAUGGAUAAGAGCUUCAUUGUACCAACUGGUAUGGGUAUGCCCCUUAACUGCAGCAUCAAUGGUACUGCUGUUGUCAGCCUACGCAUGAAGAGUCAGUUCAGCAUUAAUCUUCCUAAGAUCAUUGCCGCUGGACAUGUUGCUCCAAGUGGUGCUGUAGAGGUUCUGGCUACCAUGGGCAUUGGUCUGCCCACCAAGGUCUUCACUGGUGUUAUGGCCAAUGCCACUGUCUACCAUUCCUCCAUGCUGGCAGGCAACAUCACCAUCGAUGGAACUCACCUCAAGAUCAACCUCAACAACACUGACCGUCCAAUGAAUCUUUUCAACUACUCCACAACCUACAACCUCUUGAAGGCUAAUGGAGAUAUUGAAUUCAUCCCAGGAGUUCUUCAGGAUGCUGUCCAAAGUCAGAGGUGUACCAAUGUCAGCAAAGUCUUUGGCGUUGAUCUGUGUGUUUCAUGGGCCUAUCCCAAUGCAAGCUACGUCGCUGAAGCACCACGUUUCCCAUUCAGUGGACCUAACAGUUUCAAUCUUACCCUCGUCAACACAGACCAAGCACUGAAGGCAUACACCAUCGAUGCUCAGUACAAGCAGAUCAGGGAAGGCGGUGCACCAGCACCGAUGCUAUUCAAGUCGAUCGGAAAGAGGAACAAGCAAAAUGCUCCAGCAUUUACCAAGCUUAUUGAUACAGUCCGUGUCUCUUUCUAUGCACCAGGAGAGGAACUUACUCGCAACAUUACCUCACUUGUGAGUGUUGAUCGUCUUCGCAAGACAGCCAAGUGGACAUUCACCGUGCCAGAAGUUAAGAACUUCAUCAUGUUUGCUGGAAUCCUGAAUGAAACCACAGAUUCGUCCUCUUCAUACAGGGCCGUCUUCAACGUUUCUGCUGCUGAGAACACAGCAUCAGUUGACUUCCUUGUUAGGAACGAGACAUCUCUAGCACAGAAGAAUCUUACUGCAGUCUUCAAUGCAUCCAUCAACAGUUUGUACUGGGCUGCCGUUGGACAGUUUGUUAAUCAGUCAAACAAUGGUGAUUGGAAUGCACAUCUCACUGACACAUACUAUUGGGAUAAUGAGACUCCAUUGUACAAGCAGCUUCUCUUCCCCUGGACUGGAUAUCAGAUCAACCAUGCUAAAUACCAGACCUCAACCAUCACUGCUAGGAGAGUCACAAGGGGACCAAUGGUAAAGCGUGACCUCAAGAUGGCGACCCUUGACUGGGCAUUUGACUUCAACACUGUUGAGACCGUUACAGAUGAACUGAAAGAGCUUACAGUCCACACACAAAUCUCCAAUGCCACAUGGGAAUUCCCUCUUCUGGAUGUUACCUUGAGGAAUGAAACUACAGUGAAUGGCUAUCGUCUGGAAGGACAGGUUGCACGCAACACUCACCACAUCUUUGCUGAAUACGAUGUAACCAAGGAGCCAAGAGAGACCAACAGUAACUUCAGAAUGGGACUCAGGACAGACGUUCUUGUGAAUAACCCUGAUGUUUCCAUGUUCCUCAACUCUCCAGUUCUGCUUAAACUUUUUGGCGAGACUGCACUCAUUGACGAGCCAGUUGUCAUAGAUGGUGGUGUCAACUUCAGGUUCCUUGAUCAAUCAUCCCUGACUGAGGAACAUCUUAUUCAGACCAGUAUCUUUGUACCUAACCUAAGGAGCCCCCAGACACACCUGACAUACGACUUUGAUCUCCGACUUGAGAAUGCUACGAUCAGCAACCAGAUGGACUACUCUCUGGAACUGACAACACCAAUCCCUCUGCUUAAGAUGAACAAUGUCAACUUUCUUCAUCUUAUGAUCGAUAUGGAGUCUGGCACAUCCGCAUUGGACCAUACAUACACCCUCUACGACACUCGUUACAGCAAACCUCAAGUUACUGUGUCCAACAGUAUUGGUGCAGGAUGGAAGAAGCCGUCAGCUAACUGGGUUAUGGACAUAUCAACACCUACAAUGGUUUACUUCCAGAACUAUACAGCCCUGUACUCCUGUGAGAAUGGACUGCAAUUCUUCUCUGAAAACAGUCAGGAUAGUGUUUCUGAUCUCCUCGAUUUUACUGAAAUCAGUAACUUGUCUGUAAGGCCUUCUGCUGUGUCCAUGUAUUGGUCAUACCUCCAUCAACUAUUCUCAACCAAUGUUUCAAACAGUUUGGUUGUUGACGGCCCAGUCACUGAGAUGAGUCCACGUCUUGUACCCAUGAUCAUGCGGGAUAUGCUUAACAAGACCUUCAGCAGGGACUUCAGCAGUGUCAAGGAUCUGGUUUUGAACAAGUUCAUUUUCAAUGUUACUUCAUCAACCCUCACCUUACGUCAAAGUGCCAACAUGUCUAGUCCAGUCAUUGCUAACAUUUCAGCUUCACAUUACAUCUUUUUGAGCCAAAGCCUCUUUGACCAGAAGCUGUCGUUUGCUGCUGAACAGAAGCGACUGAACAUCUCAGCUGGUCUUAAUCACUCUCUGCUUAUUGAGGAUCGUGAGAUCACCCUGAAGACUGAAGGAGAUGUAGCAGUAAGGACAGGACUUCGUAUGAACACCCUAACAUCAGUUAAUGUGACCAUGUCUAAACCAGAUACUCCUUUCGAUUUGGCAGCUUUGCACCAUACCGAGGUUAAUUCUCCUCUCAUAAGUUUCAGCACACGCUCUUCAUCUAAUGGUGACUUCCAUGAGGUUUUGAACAUGGUGGCAAAUCACAACACAUCCAUGACAUCAAGGUUGGGAUCUUUCGAUGUCAUUGGAAACUUCAACAUCAAUGAAAUGUCUGCACCAACCUUUUUCAAUGAGAUGACAGGUAUAAUGACAUACAAGCUUCAGUCUCCUAUGAUCAAGUCUUCACUUAACAGCUCAGUAAGUUUUGAAACCUUCCGAAAGCUCUUCAAAUUCAACAAGGUCCUUGUCAAGGCUUCCCAUGACAUCAGGAGCAACAUGGUCAAUUGGAAUGCACAGGGUCAAUCUCAGCUGAAGGGCUUUAGCAGCAUUUCUCAAUUUGAUGAGGUCAGUAGUAGCUUAGAAGCUAAUCUCCUCAACAAGUUCAUCAAUGGCAGUCACAUCUCUGGCAUGGCUCUUCGGGAUAUGAAUGGUCCUCUGGUGUUCAGCCAAUUGACAUCUCACCUCAGCAAUAAUAUUACUAGCAGGUUUGUCAACAGCACAUAUGAAACCCAGAUGAAUCUUGAGAAUUCCGAUGUAUCUUUCACAACUCUAGAUGGCUCAUCCAACUAUGUUCUGUCCUCUCGCCUUGUGAAUGUUACAGCCAACAACACACUCUUGAUGAAUGGAUUCCGCCGGGUCUUUGACUUUGACAGUGUCACAGGAAAGCAGAUCUGGUUUGUAAAGACAGCUCUUCUGAACGCCACUAUGGACAAUCUUAUUGCCUUCACAGACUUCCAGAAUAUUUCCUACUUUGAUGAUAUUACUGGACAUGUAUCUGGCAAUAUUGAAUCUCGCUUUGCCAGGGGAAACACAAACACCACAUUGCUUGUACAAAAUGUGCGUUCAUUUACUCAGGUUGCUAAAGUGGCAGUUGAAUCUUUGUCAUCUUUCACCAGUCGUCUAAUGAACACAUCAAUGACUGGAGGUAUGGACAUUACCAAUCACAGAUCUCUCCUUAACUUUGACUCAAUUUCAUCAGGUAUGAACUUUACAUCCAAGAUCUUCAAUGUUUCCACAUCUAUCCAGAAUGAAGUAAGCUUUAAUGGAGUGCGAUCAUUUGUCAACUUUGAUUCCAUUGCUCAUUCAUUUGUCAUGUCAACAAACAGUUACUUUGUUGAUUCCAGCCUGACAGAAAUGAUCUCUCUAAAGAACUUUAGGAAUGUCAACCAGUUUGACUCGGCAUCUGCAGAAGUUAUUGCAACUUUCAACACAUCCCCACUGAAGACAUCCUACCAUCAAAUGCACAAGGUCCAAGACAUGGCAGGUUGGUUCCAGUAUCCUCUUGCUGAAACUGUUGUCAUUGGAAACCUUACGACAUCUAAGCUGAAUGUGUCUGGAUCUUUUGAAGGUAGAAUCAUUGAUAUGACUGCACCAUUCACAUACACCAGCAGCAUUGCCAAGAUUGAAUAUGGAGUGAAUAACAGGAUGCUCAACAUCGCAGGUUUCCAUGGAGUUGAAGUUGAUAACAUGAGAGGUAUUUUUGACUUUACAAGAAUCAAUGGCACUAUUUCUCAUGAAGUUAAUACCCCUGUCACCCAUAUGGUUGUUGGUGGUCUGCUUGAAAUGAAAAACUUCCAGAGGCUCUUUAACUUUGAGCUUAUGAACAUGACGACCUCCAAUAUCUUCACCGUUAUUCCCCUGACAACAACAUCUGUUUCUUACAAUGGCGAGCUGGCUCUUCAAGGCUUUGAGAAGAUCAACAAAUUUGAAUCCAUUACUGGAAUGUCAAGAACUGCUGUUCUCACCAAGUGGACCAACUGGACCAUGAACAUGGAUUCUAGCUUUUCUGGUGUCCGAUCUCUCCUGAAUUUUGACCGAUUGGCAAUUUCUGGACAAAAUGAAUUCACCAGUCCCUUGAUCGUAAUGACUUCCAACUCUACCAACUUCGUCAUCGGUUCAAAUGGUUUCUUCCAAGCAUCAAAUGCCACUACUAACAGCAUGUUUGGCAUCACAUCUCGCAUUGCAAAGGUCGACACUGGUGUCAUGUGGUCUGUCCGUGAUAUUGCAGGUCCCCUAACAUUUGCAGCAAAUGUCUUUUCAACCAACUUCAAUGUCAGCACGCCUAUCGUCAAGACUGGUUCUGCAUUUGAUGUUGAAAUGGAAAACUGGAAGAAUGUCACAACGUUUGGAAAGUAUGAAAUGUCUGCUGCCAAUGACAUCAUUUCAAGGAUUGCACGAUGGAAUCUUCUUUCACAUGUCAGGCUGGACAACAUGGCUGGUGUCCUUACAUACUCUCGAAUGGAGGGCUGUGCAUCAUCCAACUUUUCAAGCAUCAUCUCAUCCCUGGAAACCAGUAUCAAUGCCCACAUCAACAACCAAGCCGGGCCCCUGAACUAUGAAGAAUUGGUCAUAUCUACCGAAGGAAACUUCUCUUCUUGGCCUAUCAAGAUGCAAGGUGUUACAAAUUUCGAUGUCCAGAACAUGGCAGGUUUCAUGAAGUAUGACACUAUAACUGGUUCUACCUCAUCAGUCAUGACCAGCAGAUUCUUGAAUACCACUACUCAAUCUAGUCUGGUUGCAAAUGCUGGUGCUGGACUCUUCAAGGUCCAACUUGCUAAUGUUUCUUCUGCUAUCACUAUCAACACUCCAUUCACAAGGGAAAUUAAAGCUUCAAGCUCUGCUCAGGUCACUGAUUCCACAAAUCUGUUCAAGUUUGGAAAUGCAGCUAUGAAGGGCGAGUUCUCUUUCCUCACAUCAAAGAUCAACAUGACUGGUAAUGCUGACUCAAUCCUGACCAACUUUGAAAACAUUACAACCUUUGAUUCUGCAGAAUCAUCUGCUGAAUUUAAUGUAGCCAGCCGAUUUGUCAACUCUUCAUCAAGAGGUAUCAUGCAGAUGCAUGGUUCUGAGAGGCUUUUCCGAUUUGCUGAUGUCAAGAUUGGUGGAUUAACUACAAUCAAGUCUAUCUUGGCAAAUCUGACAACAGAGGCAGGAAUUGAUUUCACAAACUUCCAACGUAUCUUCACUUUUGACCGUGUCAACAGUUCAGCUGUUGUUUCCUUCACAUCUAGACUAGCAAGCAUUGAAGGCAAGACUGGCAUGGAGAUGAACAACUUCAGAGGACCCAUGACCUUUGAUCGUGUUAAUGGAAGCUUCAUAACCAACUUCAACAGUGCACUUGUCAAUUCUAUGACAGUUGCUGACUACUCUCUUGAGGGAUUUGAAUCACUUUUCCAUUUCUCCCGGGUUGCAGCAUCUGCCGAAUCUGUCCUAAACAACAAACUGUUUAACUCAUCAUUUGUAGCAGACUACACACUUACAGACUCUUCAUGUUUCUGCAAAUUUGAAAAGCUUGUGGCUCAUUCUGCUGGAUCCCUGACAAGUAGAUUUGCUACAGGAAAGGCCCUUGGCAUGGUUGAAGUGAAGAAUGUACGUAAUCUUACCAGCUUUGAUCUGUUCAACAUGACAUCAGAAGCACGCCUCACCAGCAAGCCAAUGACCGCUAUGACUGAAACCGUUUACUCUAUAAAGAACCACUACAGCCUUUUCAACUUUGAACAAGUGACAGGCCGCAUGUAUGGUAACAUCAAGAGCAAAUGGCUCAACAGCAGUGCCUUGUUCGAGUCUCAGAUGAACAAUUCUCGUUCCCUUCUCAGUUUUGACAGUGCAACGAGCCGCAUGUACAGUAAUGUUAUCAGCAGAUGGCUAAACAGCAGUGCAGUGUUUGAGUAUCAGAUGAACAAUUCCCGCAACCUUCUCAAUUUUGAUGCUGCCAAAUCCAAAGUGAUGCUUACUCUUCUCACACCAUUCAAUGAUGCCCAUUUCAGUGGCCAACUGAAUUUCAUUGACUUCACUAACAUUACACACUAUGGAGAAAUAUCUGCAAUGGUUGUUGGAAAUAUUACCUCUCCACUUGUCAGAGCUGCAGGAAUCUCUAAGUUCAAUAUCACAAAUAUGGCUGGAAUCAUGUCUUUCGAAAAGGCUCUUAUCGAUUCAUUUGCAAAUGUGGAAUCCCGCUUUGUCAACAGCACUUUCCAGAACUCAGUUGUGUUCAAAGGUUUCAAGGGUAUCGAGUAUUCUUACAUCGGUCAUCGCUUUGUAUUCCUCUGGGUUGAUCCUAUGAAUAACCUCGCUGUCAAGAAUGGACUAGAUCUGACAACAUUGAAAGACAUGUCCCAGCUCUUCAACAUCACCUGGGUCAACCCUAAGGGAACUGUUGUCUUCAAUCAGCGCCUCAAUUACGAGAAUCUGGUAGCUACCAUCAAGCUUCCAUCUAUUGGUCUGAUUUCUGCUGGAGCAAAUCUCAACACAUUUGGGGACAGCUUGACUUUCUACAUUGAGCACGAACUAUUGAAGGACAACUUCAAGACGGUCAAUGACAUCACAUGGCUGCUGAAAUUGAAUGAGAGUAAUGUGAUCUACAGCAACUUCAGCUGGAACCCUGAGACAGUUGCAGAGAUUGUGGACAUCACUGUUGGAGCAAUCAACAAUACCUUCAACCGUACCAUCACCAUCGCCAACAGCACCAUUAACAGGUUCAUGGAAGUUGCUAACCGUACCCUCACAAACACAAGGAGGAUGACCAACUGCACCAAGUGUUUCAUGCGCUACACCAUGAUGUUGGCUAAUGAGACUCUCAGUACCACAUUCUCACAGUUCAACCAGACUUUCUUCAACCAGGCUCUGAAACUGAAUGAAACUCUUUUCAUCCAGCUGAAGAAACUGAACCAGACCUUCUACACCCAGCUUGAGAGCUUGAACCAGACAUUCUGCACACAGAUGCAGAAACUCAAUGAGACCAUCACCUUUGCCCGUAACAACCCUCGGGAAUUCGUAGGCAGGUAUGUCAACUUGACAAAGUUGAAUGAAAGAGUAACCAGGCUUAAUGCUACACUCAGGGAACUAUACACUAAGCUCCGAUACAACAUCACUCAUCCUAGAGAAACCAUGGAAAACAUCAAGACCCUCAUCAAGUAUGAAGAGCGCCGUCAACAAAUCACAUGGGUGUUGGAGAAUAGAAAUGAAAUCAAGACCAGAGCUAAGAAUUACCUGGAGGAACUCAAGGCAAACCUAACCAAGAAGGCUGUAGCUGCUGUAGCUGACUUCAAGGAGCUAAUCCAGUAUGAAGCUAGAGUUGAGAUUCUUGUCAACUAUAUCCAGACCAGAUUCAAUGUUCCCAAGUUCCAGGAGAAGAUUGAAGAAUUGAAAUUGAAGAUUGGCGAGAUCAAGGACAGAAUGGCUACACUCAAAGUAAACAUUGGAGAAAAGAUUAAUGAGAUGAAGAUGAACAUUGCUUCUCUGGACAAGGAAACAGUCAAGGCAGAAAUCAAAGUACAAAUCACAAAGAUCAAGAACUUUGUCCGCUACUACCUAAACAGCACCACCACCGAUGCAAUCGCAAGGUCCAUCUUCAUUGAAUACCAAGAUGAUGCCCAGGUCCAGGAGCUUAUGCGUAAGGUCAUCCGCAUCAGACCACGCAAUGUCAUUGACAUCAUCAACAAGACCAGUAUAGAGGAAACAAAGGAUCUGGCCAUAGUUAUGAAAGACAACAUGAUCAACGGUCUUGAAGUGCUGAACCAAACCACUUUCCGUUAUGUCAACAAGACAUACUUGAAUGAGACCAUCAAGCAGGCCAUUGGAAUGCUAAAAGAGUGGAAUUCUACCCUCCAUGAAUACGUCUAUGUUGAUGUCAUCAAGGGAGAUCUGAAGCUUGUCUUCAACAUCACCAAAGAAAAAGUAGCAAACCUGACCAAGGCUGUAACACUCUUUGUCAAGACAAAGGCUGACCUAAUCAAGACAGUUCUGAAGGAACAGUGGGAUGCUCGCCCAAGAUCACUUGAAGAGCUCAAGGAGCGUCUGAUGGCUAUGAAGGUUAUUGCUGCUGACUACAUCAGAGAAAGAUACAACAUUGAUGUUGAUCAGAUAAUUGAAAAGAUUGUCAAUGAAUACAUGAAGAGGAAGGAACAAUAUGACGAAAUUAUUGUUCGCAUGGGCAACGAGUACAUGAAGAGGAAGGUACAGCUUGAUGAGGUAAUUACCCAGAUCAUCGCUAUCUCCAAGAACGAAACUCAUCCUGUCAAUAUGCUUCCACUCUGCUACUUCAACAGGACCAUCUAUCAAAUUGUCCAGCCUCCUGUCAACAUGACAAUGAAUCUUACAGUCCUCUACAGCAAGAUGGCAGUCAACCUCACUAAGGUUUACAGCAAUGAGGCAGCCAUCCUCACAAAGGCAUACAGUAAGCAAGUGGCCAAUUUCACCAAGGUGUACUCUCGAGUUGCAAUCGACAAAGUAAUGGCUCUCAGGAAGACGUAUACUCCUGUAGUCAUGAAGGCAAUGAAGAAAUACAAAGUGGCUGUACUUGAAAAGAGCAAGAUUGCAAAGGAAAGAGCAAUCAUGUAUUACAACAUGGCUAAAGGAAAUGUUACCUUGUACUAUCAGGAGUAUGCUCCAAUUGUCAAUGAGACCAUCCGCAACUACACUUGCUAUGCCAGGCAAGCUCUCUUCAACUACACUCUGCAGGUUCGCGACAUCACUGACAAAUACAUCAACAUGACAAUCGAGUUCCUUGAACCUCAUGUGCAACCUUAUCGUGAAAUCAUGAUGCAGAAGGUUGAAAUGAUAAAGCUUCGUGCUGCCAACUUGAGAGAACGUGUUCGUCAACUCCCUGCCCAGACCGAGGCUUUCUUGAUGGAAACCGCAGAAUACCACAUCGAAAGAUACCCUCAGUACAAGCAAAAAACCAUCCAGAAAAUUGAUGAAAUGAAGGUAAAGCUUGAGGAAUUGAAAGUCAAUCUUACAAUGUUCUACAAAGAAGUGAAAGCCAACAUGACACGCCUCUAUGGAGAACUGAAGGAGAACGCCACAGAGAUGUACAUCAUCUACAGACAGAAAGCUCAGGAUAUGUACGUGCUUGGAAAAGACAAAUUCAUCACCUACAAGAUCAAGGCUCAGGGUAAAUGGCAGACAUGGAGGCCAAUCAUCGUGAGAAAGUCUGGAGAAUUCCUGAACGCUACCAAGAUGGGUAUCAACAAGACAGUUGAAGCCAUAAUCUUUGCAGCCAAAGAUGAAUUCUCACUCAUCAAUGAGCUACCAAUGAGGUCAAUGGAAAAGACCAUCUUUGAACUCAGUGAAGACCUCAAUGCGUACAUCCGACAACUUGUAGAGAAUCUUGUUGAAAAUGCAAAGAUGAGCAUCAAGGACCGAACAAGUCUGCUCAACAAGUAUCCUGUGAAAUUCCUGAACAUGACCGUUGCAGAGGUUGGCAACUUUUCCUAUGGAAAGAUUCUUGUGGCUUCAAACUUGACCAAAUUCUACGCCAGCAAGACGUUGACAUGGGCCAACACAUCUCUGGUGAUGGUAAACAAGAAUCUCUAUGAUCUCUUGAAUGUAUCCAACACCACCCUCAGAGAGGUUGUUCUUCCAAUCCUGAACCAAACUGCCAGGGACCUCAUUGUCUUCCUUAACCGCACCCGUUCCCAACCAUGGAGGGUUACCAUCAACGAGACGAUGUGCUUCCUUAACAGGACAUCGGUCAUUGUGAUGAACAAAGCCAACGAGACCCUCAUUAUUGUCCAAGCCAAAGCCAUAGAAGCAUGGAAGAAUCUAACAUCGGAAGAGAGCAUUGCCAAAAUGAAGAUGUACCUUAACAACACCAAAGAUCUGAUUGUCAGGAGUCUGAAGGUUGCCAAUGAAACCAUAUAUAUGAUCCGCAACAGGAGCAUCAAUCUGGUCAUCUACAUCAGGGAUGAAACUCGACUUGUCAAUCUCUCCAGGGAGUAUGCUCUUCUGGCCAGGAACCUGACCAAGAACUCAAUCUACCAGGCUAAGAAUAUGACAGCAAGGACAAUCAUCUAUGCCCGCAACAUGACUAACAACAUUGUGACCUACAUCCAGGGACCUGCCAAAGACUUCACCAUGGAAUAUGUGACAUAUGUCAACAACACUAUGGCAGGAUGGGCCAUUCGCUACUACGAAGUGGAUCAAUUCCCAUCGAAGGCCUGUGCUUUAAUGGCUGCCAUUAAGCCAGUUGAAAGGACCAUCAAUUUGACCAUGAUUGCACUCAACCGCACCCGUGUCCUGACUGAAAUGGCCUACAACCGCAGUAAAGUCAUGACCCGCUAUGCUCUGAACCAGACCCUCAUCAUGACCCAGUAUGCCCUUAACCAGACUCGCCUCUUCACUGGCCAGGCCAUUAACAAUACCAGCAUUCUUACUAGGCAGGCUAUUAACCGUACCCGCACACUGAUCAGGGAUACACUCAACUCCAUUGGCCGUCUUGAUGACCACAGCUUUGCCAUGAACAUUUCUCAUCCAUUCAACUGGACUAGCUUCAGGACACUGCCCAAACUGAGCAACAGCCAGAUCCAGUUCAUCAAGGAUAAGAUGUUACAGCUCAACAUCACUCUGCAAGAGAUUCGUGUGAACAUGACAGAGAGGUAUAACAAUAUCUCCAAGACGAUCAAUGAUUACUAUCAACUGAGGAAGCCUUUGAUCGAUGAAAAGAUUGAGCUAUUCCAAACUACACUCCAAGAAUUCCGAGAGCGACUCGACGAGAAGAUCGCUGAGUACAAGGUAAUCUUUGAUGAAUACAAGCAAAAAUUCAAUGAGAAAAAGGACUUAUACCAGCAAAAGUGGGAAACUGAAUGGAAGCCUCGCCUCAUGGAGAAGAAAGAAGAAAUCUUGACCAGAUGGCAGGAGGAGAUCAAGCCAAAGAUCAACGAGAUGAUCACCAAUCUGACAAGAUUUGUCAAGGACCCCGAGUUGCUGUCCAAUCUGAAACAGAUGGCUCUUCAUUUCAAGACUGAGACCUUGCCUGAGUUGAAGAGAGUCCUCCUUGAAGAGAAGUACCCAGAGCUGAAGAGAAUAAUAAUGGAAGAAAAAUAUCCCGAGAUCAAGAGGCAAGUCCUGGCCCAGUACGAGAUUGCAAAGGUCAUCAUGGAGGAACUCAAACAAAAUGCCACUCACUUCCGAGAGAAUGUAAUGGCCAAGGUGGAGACUCUGAAGAUAAAGGCCAACGAGAAGUGGACUGAACUGCUGGAGAAGAUCACAGAGAUCAAACAGAACUGGCCAGAAACCUACAAAAAGAUCAAGGCUGACAUCGAGGACCUCAAGCUUCAACUUGAGACCAAGCUGUCUGAAUACAUCACCAAAGUCCUUACGGUUCUCCAAGAGCUCCGUAUUCCUGUUGAAAUGCUUCCACUGGAACACAUCAGGAUUUACAGCCCCUGGACAUACACAGCCAUGAUCUUUGGUGAGAACCAUGUCAUGACCUUUGAUGGCAAGGUGUACAGUGUUCCCGCAUACGCCAACGAACAGCAAACAUACGUCCUGGCUCAUGACUACGUAGAUCGUAACUUCACACUCUUGGUCCAGAAGAAACGCAUUACCCUUGUUGUCCGCAACAUGAGCGUUGCAAUUGAUGACGAGAAUGUUGUCCAUAUUAAUGGAUUGCCAACACUGCAGGAACUACCCUACCAGACACGAGUCAGCAAGGAAUUGACCAUUAUGGCCAAGGGUCCAUGGGUGAAUGUGACAUCAACCAAGGGCAUAGCUCUCUCCUGCCUUGACCAGUUCUUAUGCAUCUUCCAUCUGAGUGGCUGGUACCAUGGAAAGUCUCGUGGACUCCUGGGCAACCUCGACACAGAGUAUCACAACGACUUCAUUCUGCCAGAGGGUGGUAUUACAACUGAUGUUGCAGAGUUCAUUUCAGCAUAUGAUGUCUCUCCAAUUGACACGCCAAGAAACGUUAUUCCAUCUCGAUUCGGAUCCUGUCGAUCAACCGUUGAGAAAUGCAGAGAGAUGUUCCUUGAUGAAGACUCAACAUUGAAUGCCACCUUCCAGGAUAUCAACCAGGCUGAGUUCUACAACUUCUGUGUUGAGGAGACUAGGAAGUGCAACCCAAUAUGUGAAGUCAUCAAUCCUGUAACCAUUCUUGGCAAGCAUCUGCUCCGUACUGUCAGCUACGAACCUGAAUGCUUUGACUGCACUGUUGGGGAAGUCAGCCAGGAGAACGGCAGGUCUACAAGCUCUGCAGAUAUCAUCUUUGUCGUGUCUGAAACUGCUGCAAUGGCUGAAGACAAUGUGAUCAAGUCCAGUAUCAUGACCAUCAUUUCCAAAAUGAACAAGAAGCUCAAUGAUGUGAAUGGUGUCAGAUAUGGAAUUACUGCUUAUGGUGGUUCAGACAUCCAUGGGCGACCUCAUGUUCAUACACUAUGUGGACAUCUGAUGGAAAGCAGCGAGGACUGUGCUUCCAGCGGUAUUGACAGUUUGGUCUUUGAAGGAGCUAGGCCCGUUGAUGCUAUGGGGGCUAUCCAGCUUGCUGCCAGCUAUCCAUUCCGCACGGAGGCUGCCAAGAUCAUCAUCCUGAUUGCUGAUGAAGAUUUGAUGGAGGAGAGUACCAACCACUUUGACUACCUACUCAACAUCAACAAUAGCAGAGUAGCUAUUCAGAAACGCCUUGACCGUCAAGGAAUCACCUUCAAUGUCUUCUCAUCCUACCCUACUCUGAACAAGAAGAGUACAGAUUCUCCAAUCCUGGGUGUCAACUACCUUGGUAAGCAGAUCAUCAACAAGAGGAACAGUGGUGAAGUGGGUAUCGAUCGUCUAGCCAUUCCUUCAGGACAGUAUGCCAAGCUUGCAAAGGCUACACGAGGUUCUGUUAUGGGUCUUCGCUGGUUGCAGACUGGACACCGUGACCUGAACACCAUGCUACCCAGGAUGGUCUAUAUAAACAGAUCCAACCCCAGGCUACUGGCCAGGUUGACUUCAUCUGUCGCUGUGUCAUUGGCAUGUAUGGAGAGUCCCGUAAUGAAUGCCAAAUGACCAGCUUUGUUGAUGAGGAAUAUUAAGUUCAUAUACCUCUACCUAACAUUAAAAGGCAACACCACUAAUAGUUUUGGAUAGAACAAUGUAAGGGCUGCAUGUUUUUUUUCUCUAUUCAUAAUAGCUUUAUUUAAAAUGCAAGAAGUUAUUUCAUACUAAAUACAAUAUUCUAAGGAAACAUCACAAUAUAAAAUCAUGUUAACAUUAUAUUUUGCUUUCUGUAAACAAAAAAAAAAGAUGAAGUUUAUUCAUGUUCUUUCCUCUCUCGUGAGCCGUUCAAAUAUCCAAGCUAUUUUUCCUGUUUGACAAUGCAUUUCCCCUGACUACGACUUGUUUAACAUUCAGUAAAUUAUAAUGAAUAAUUUUUUUGUUCUUCAAAUCUUGAAACAUUCGUUGGAAUUUCGUGUUAGUAUAUUCCUUCAGCAUAUAUUGAUUGGUUAACUGAAAGUCUCUGAAAAUCUGUUUCUGACUUUUACAUUUAACAAUGGUCCUUUGACUCCUUUCAAUGCGAUUAAAAGACAUAAAAGUCUUAGAAUCUUUUCAAUGAAAUACAUGUAAGACUUUAAACCCUUUAAAAAAGCCAGAUCUAAGUAAAGUUCUCAACGUUUUAAAUUUUGCUUCAAGUAUGAGGCAUAUGCUCACAUGCAAACAAAUUUGAGAUAUGUAAUGAACAAUGUCUUUAAAUGUUUUCUUUUGUUAUAACUUGUGUAUUUAUGUAUUUGAUGUGAGGUUAAAUAAAUAACCGAACAAAGAAAA